AAAGCCGUAUAUGUAUAUGUAAUACACACACGUAAACAUACAUCAUCAUCAUCAUCAUCAUCAUUGUAGUUGAACCAGUGUGAAAGAUAAGCGGUACAAAUUGCGACAGCACAUCACUUUUAUUGUGUUCAUUUAAUCGUAAACAUCAUACACGGCAGUCUUUAAAUUGAUCAUAAUGGCAAAUAUCGCGAAAAUUUGUGCCGGUCGGCUUCCAGCAAUGGGCAAAUUUCCAAUUGGAUUGCACAGCAUCCGUACAUUUGCAUCAGCCAAUUUCGAGUUUAUCAAAACGGAAACCACUGGUGCCAAUAAGAAUGUCGCCUUGAUCACACUGAACCGUCCGAAGGCCUUAAAUGCUCUGUGCAAAGGUCUCAUGACCGAAUUGAGCAACGCUCUCGACGCAUACGAGCGGGACACGUCGAUCAAUGUGGUCGUAUUGACUGGAAGCGAAAAAGCCUUUGCUGCCGGUGCCGAUAUCAAGGAAAUGCAAAACAACACAUAUGCCGAUUGUAUUACUGGUAAUUUCUUGAACGAUUGGACGCGCGUUGCACGUCUACAAAAACCGAUCAUUGCUGCUGUGAAUGGUUAUGCAUUGGGAGGUGGAUGUGAACUGGCUAUGAUGUGCGACAUCAUUUACGCUGGAGAUAAAGCGAAAUUUGGUCAACCGGAAAUCGCUAUUGGAACGAUUCCCGGAGCUGGUGGUACUCAGCGAUUGACUCGUGCGGCUGGUAAAUCGAAGGCAAUGGAAAUUUGCUUGACCGGGAAUAUGAUUGAUGCAGUUGAGGCGGAAAAAAUUGGUUUGGUUAGUAGAGUGGUGCCAGCCGCCAAUUUGGUCGAGGAGGCUGUGAAACUAGCAGACAAAAUUAGUACACAUUCGCCAUUGAUUGUUCAAUUGUGCAAGGAAGCUGUGAACACGGCAUACGAAGUUUCGCUGCAAGAAGGCCUGAAAUUCGAAAAACGCCAUUUCCAUGCCACAUUCUCAACGAAAGACCGAAAGGAGGGUAUGACCGCCUUUGUUGAGAAACGGCCACCAAAAUUCACCAGCGAAUAAGCUAAGCGAUAAACAUGUUGGUCCAGCCUUGGUACGCUCAUGUCAGCACCUUUGAUUACAUGAUUGCAUUUAUUUUAUCCAUUUUGUACUGUUUGGAAAACGAUUAAAAAAAUCUAUUUUAC